AAGUCCUACCCGAGCCAUCAGCGGAGUCCCUGCUUCCUUUCAAUCAGUCAGCUGCGGCCGGUCUGCUGCAAGGCAGGGGCAAUCAUCAGGAAAUUCCCCUGAUAUCAUAACCCGUGACAGCAACCUCUAAUUAAUCAUCAACCUUGUAACAUGAUCCUGGCCCAUAACAAGGAGACCCACUGAAUCUUUGGAAACCUGUCCACGGGCCUUCUCCAGACAAUUCCUUCCAGACCCAGGGACCUAUACCCGAGGACCCCAGGCUGAUGGGGGCCCAGCUCUGCUCCCAGGCUGACUCCAAGGCGCCGCGAGAGACGCUCCGCUUCCACGCCAAGGCUAAGGGCGUGCAGGUGCAUCUGGACGCCCGGCGGUGCACGGCGCAGAGGUGCGCCACUUUCCACGACGGCAUCGUGUUCAGCCAGCGACCGGUGCCACCCGGCGAGCCGGUGGCUCUGCGCGUGUUGUGGCACGAAACCCGCUGGUACGGAGGGCUCCGGGUGGGCUUCACGCGCCUGGACCCCGCACAGGUGUCUGCGCCCAGCCUGCCGCCCUUUGUGUGCCCAGACCUGGAGCAGCAGAGCCCGACGUGGGCUGCCAUGCUGCCCGAGGGCAGCGCGCUGCUGGGGGACGUGAUCCACUUCUGGGUGAACUGCCGAGGCCGGCUCUACGCCAGGGUCAACGCGGGGCCCAGGCUCCUGCUGCGCAAGGGCGUGCCCCUGGACGCCCCACUCUGGGCCGUGAUGGACGUGUACGGGACCACCAAGGCCAUCGAGCUGCUGGAUACCACAGCCAGCGUCAUCCCCUCCACCAUGCCACGGGCCUUCAGCGAUGAGACUCUGCAGCCUCAGGUCAUGCAUACUUCUGCAGCUCCUGCGCCGGUCGGGUCCUCAGGAACUCAGCCAAGUGUCCUCUGUGUCGUUGGGAGAUCAAGGCCGUGGCCCCCGCAUGAGGUCCCCCCACCCACAUUCUGGAGGCGUCAGAAAAGCUGGUCAGCAGCAGGCCUGGCAUGAAGAGGGCAGCAGGAAGGCCAUGGCUCUUUCCUUCUCCCUAAAAGGUCAUUGGGGCCAGCCCCUUUUCCUGCCCUCAACAGAACUGUCUCCCUGGUGCUUCAGCACUGGGCCCUCUGCUUAGCCAAGUUCAUUGGUGCCCAGGGCUUGCCAAGGCUUUUGCCUGACCACCAGGUGCAGCCACCGUAGACCUAGCAGUCCUGGUCCCCAUAGGUCACGUCAAGGAGAAGGGCCCUUGUUCAGAGAUGGGGCAGCCUGAUCCCUGGUUUUAGAGUAGAGGAACCUCUGCUAUGGGCAUGGAUCUGGGAGAAGCGCAGCCCAUCCCGGGGUAUCAAGAAGCCGGGAGCAGAUGCGGGGAAGCUUCUGGAUGGCAUGUUUACACGCCUGUGUAGAAGCUGAGUCACCCCUGAUUUAAGCCCUCCAUAAAGCAGAUUGGCAGUUAGCCACCCUGCCCGCCUCGCAGGGUGGUGGUGAAGUCCCAGCGGACAGCAUGUCUGAAGACGUUUGUGCACACAGGACUGUGAUGUUGUGACGGCGCUUAUUUCCUUGCCAGUUUUGGAGGGGUCCAAAUAAAGUUUAUCUCGUGAA